CCUCUCUCUCUCUCUCUCUCUCUCUCUCUCGCGCGCGCGCGCGCCCGCCAUUCUUCUCCCAAGUCGAGAGCCGGCAAGCAGAACGGCGAGACACGAACCGGAGGACAUGGCCGUGACCUCCGUCGUCACGUGGGCCCUGGUCGCCGCCCUCGCGCUGCUACCGUCGACGGCGGCGUUUCUCGGCGGCUUUCCGGCGGCGCUGACGCUCGAGAGGGCCUUUCCUCCCAUCCGUAGCGUCGGACUGAGCCGGGUCAGGGAUCGCGACAGGGCAAGGCAUCGGAGGAUGUUGCAGGCUUUCGAUGGCGUGGUCGAUUUCCCGAUUGGAGGCACCUCCGAUCCUUCUCUCCUCGGGCUGUAUUAUGCGAGAGUUCAAUUAGGUACUCCUCCGAGGGAGUUCUAUGUACAGAUAGAUACUGGAAGCGACCUUCUAUGGGUCAGUUGCAGCUCCUGUAACGGCUGCCCUCGGACAAAUGCACUCAAUAUGCCACUCCAUGUUUUCGAUCCGGGAAGCUCGUCCUCAGCUUCAGUAAUGUCUUGCUUAGAUGAAAGAUGCAGUCCAGGAGUUCAAACAUCGGAUUCUGUAUGUCCCACUCAGAGCAAUUUGUGUAGUUACUCGCUUGCUUAUGAAGAUGGUAGUAGGGCUUCUGGAUAUUACGUGACAGACUUGCUUACAUUCGACAAGAUAGAAGGGAAUGCUCUUGUGAAUUCGUCAGCUGCUGUUAUGUUUGGGUGUAGCACUUCACAAACAGGGGACUUGCAAGAGGCAGCUAAUACAAUUGAUGGGAUUUUUGGACUUGGGCAGCAGGAAACAUCUGUUGUCUCUCAACUGGCUUUACUUGGAGUAGCUCCCCGAGCUUUCUCACACUGCUUGAGAGGAGAUGGUGAUGGUGGGGGUAUACUAGUUCUUGGUGAAAUAACGGAUCCAAAUAUUGUCUACACUCCACUCGUGCCUUCACAGCCUUAUUAUAACUUGAAUCUGCAAAGCAUUUCCUUGAAUGGUCAACCUCUCUCCAUUGAUCCAUCAGUAUUUGCAACAAUCAGUGACCGGGGAACCAUAGUUGACACAGGAACAACUUUGGCAUACCUUGUUGAGGAAGCUUAUGAUACACUCGUCAACGCUAUUGCAAUCGGUGUUUCUCAAACUGCGCACAUGAUCAUUAACGAGGGAAAUCACUGUUUUUUCCCUACCUCCAAUGUUGUUGACAUAUUCCCUCAAGUCAGUCUUAAUUUUGAAGGUGGGGCCUCAAUGAUUUUGAGCCCUCAGGAGUAUCUUGUGCAGCAGAAUUCUUUUGAUGGUUCUACAGUCUGGUGUAUGGGCUUUUCAAAGGCUCAGGGCCAAGCUAGAACAAUAUUAGGAGAUCUUGUUCUGAAAAACAAAAUCGUCGUAUAUGAUCUUGCUGGUCAGCGGCUUGGAUGGACUAACUACGACUGUUCCCUCUCGGUCAAUGUCUCCACAACUACCGGCAAGAGCCAAGGAGAGUACUUCCAUGCAGGGCAAAUGAGUCGUAGCAGUGGUUCGGACAGGGUUGCACCUCAUGAAUCCACUCAAUGGGGAUUGAGUGUCUGUUUCGUCACCAUAUCCUUGCUCGGAAGUAUUAUUGGGCUUUGUUAACGUUAACGCUAGGAAAACAUCCUAUGUUGUUUCUAUGCACCUUUCCUUUCGAGUGCAGAAACAGCCCUCUUUUUUCUCCAUGACCCGUAGGGGGUAGGGGCCGGAUUGGACAUGGUGCAACUAUGCAGCCAAUGGCAGGGGAUACCGUCUCCUCACAUUUUCAUUUUUCAUUUUCGCUUGGGAAUUAUUGUAAUUUUUCUCCUUUCAACUGGGCUCGUUAAAUCAAUGUUGAUUAUAUAAAAUGUGGCUUUUGGGAGGCGGUAAUUGUACCGGAUGCGAGUAUUGGCUUCUCACACAAGGAUGUCGAUUGCAAUGUUAACCAAUGACAUGACAUCGAUUGCAUUCCCUAUCUGUAUGGAAAAAGCUUAAUAGGGCCUUGACAUCUUUCCUCACCACCCUCAACAACUAAUUUCAAAUUCAAAUCGAAUGGCACAUCUUUCAAUCAUAAAGCGAGAAUGCCACAAAGCAUAUCCAAAGAAAGAAAUUUGUCAUCAGUUCCGCACACCACAACGAUUCAUAUCUCGAUUUUCAUUUAGGAACAUCACACCAACUGCAUACGUAAACUUUCUUGCACAUGCAGCUUUCUUCUGCACAAUCAAGUAAAUACCUCAUCGGGAGGCCCUUUCAAUAUCAACAUUCGCACCAGAAAUGAUAAACGAACAUUAAACGGUUUCUAACGCAAAAUCAGACGGUUGCCUAAGAUGUCCCACACCAGUUCAUAACUGAGUCUAAUGUUUGUUUUCACAUGAAUCAAAAACCCAAAAUGUAUGUCGCCUGAAGUGAGCAAGUGCCAAGUAUAUUUCCAAA